CUUCGGCACACAAAUUGGUUAUAACAGCAAGCCUUGCUUUAAACUGACUUAACCUGCAACGUUGACCUUGACCAGCUCUAAGCAUCACCAAUUAAUAGUUUUUCACGAUGUCUGCUGUCUCGCACGGCACUCGUCACCUUAGACAAGGUAUCGGCGGGACCAAACACUACGCCCCCGGGGCUGGUCCUGCUCGAUCACUUCAUAGUUCUGCGCUCAUACCACCACUGCGAACGCCCCAGCCGUCCACUGCUCAACGAAUUUUCACAAACUCUCGUAACCUUGUCACCAGAUUCUUUGCUCAUUUAACUACACCAGGACUUGCGCAUUCCGCCUCAGCUGCUGCAAUCGCUCCGAGUCGGUCGCUCGUUCGUCCCGCACAUUUCCAUUCUACUGCUCAGAGCGUUAAGGCAUCGUACUCGCUCCCUGUAAGAAAUGCGCUUUACCGCCCCUUAUCUUUACCACGCCUUCCUCGUCCCAUCCCCGGGAAUGUAGCCAAUGUUGGUCUUGGCACUGUUCGUUCAUUCCAUUCUGCGCGGCCCAUAUUCCAGAAUGUCGUGGAUAACGUUCCUAUUGCCACUCGCGCACUUUGGGAGGCUGAAUGGGAAUUCAAGGCGAAGAAGAAGGAGGAGCGCAGGUUGCGCAAAGCUAGGGAAAAUGUUGCACCCCCAAAGUCCAAGGAAAUGCUCAAGCCAAAGCAGAAGCUUAUUGUUGCUCCAGUCCCCACCGAAGUUGACAUCUCUGAACUUGACCAUUACAUGCCGCAACCUGCUUUGCCGGAAGUAACGACUUACCUUCUCGUUCCUAUCGCGCCUACUCCCACCGCUCGUCUGCCCCUAUCUGCACAUUCCACCGUGGGAACUAGCUCCCUCCAUCCGCUUCUUCCUGUACCUGAAAUUGCUGCUGCGCAUAGGAUGCAUCGUAACCAUUCGCUCCGCGUGUCCACUCUUUUUUCCCGAUUGGAUACUGCGAACGUGUGGGAUGAUCCUGGCGUUGGCGUUGAUGCCUACGCCUUUGGUCCUGGUUUAGGAGAUAAUCCAAGUGAUAAACAGUGCACGAUACUCCGGGUCACAUUUGCAGGUUGGACAGCUGCCCAAGUGCGCAGCGUCACUGGAGAAAGCGGACAAGGAUGGUGUGCUCUCGAAGAAGUUUACUCAGACGCUAUGUCUAUCUCCUCGCAGAUGAGCACCAUCGAUGACGAAGAGGCUUUAUCAAAUCCCCAGUCCAUUGCUUCUAGUAUCCAGCUCGAUUUACCAUCCUUGUCAGAACUGGACCUUGGCAAAGAUGCUGAUGUCUGUUCAGACAUCGAAUUUGAUUCGGAUGAUUGGGACUAUGGGCUCGGAUUAUCGCCCUCUCCCGACGUACAGGACAACUUCGUUCUGCCAACACUAGAUUUUUCGUCAUCAUUUGCGCAGGUUGCGUCUCCUACCCAAUCAUUGGCUCUACCGCCGCAGAUUAUCCUUCGCACAGCGUCGGAGCUUGCCGAGGAGUUUGGUGGUGUAUGGUCCCCCACUUCAUCGUCUUUGCUCUCGCCGUCACUCUCGUGCGACUACCUGUCUGAUCUAGAGGCAGACACAAUGCCAAGUGUUGCAGAAAGCGAAAUGGAGAGGUCGUGGCUGGGUGUUAGCAUGGGGUUGAGCUCCUCGUUCACUGAGAAACUUGAGGCGCUGCGAUAAUCGGAGAUUGAUUGGUGAUACAUGAAUCCGCGUUGCGUACGCUUCACUCCCUUUUCUUACUUUUAUGCUUUAUGUGCGAGUCUAGCUCUGUUAAACAUUUGAAAGCUCGUUAUUGGUUCAAUGAUUGAGUAUGUAUACAAAGGUUUUCACAACAAUCAAAGUUCAAUGAUCUUUUCA